AUGGACCCGAUCGCUGAUAAGUUAUCGUGUCUAGACGACUUGCAGAGACACGCUGGUGGGAAGCUUGCGGAGAUCAGCGAGUGGCUCAAAACGUCAGCGUGUGUUUCAAGAUACGACGUACCCAACACGAUCGGUUACCGCGAAAAGCCCGUCCCCACGGACCGAACGCUCUCCCUCCUUUCCAAAGCGCAUGCCGCCUGGCACACCUACCACAGCGCCCACCACAGCCCCCACUCCGCCUCCGUUGCUUCCUCCGCCUCUGCGCCCAACCGCCCGCCCUCCGCCGUGCACGCGAGGGAUCUUCGGAAGCUUGUAGAGAGCACCGCGGGCGGGUCGCUGGACGAUCCUUCCGCCACUGGCGCAUGCGUGCCGUUCUCCAAGCGGGAAGGCGCAGGGGGAGAGGACGCGGGGGGGGCCGGAGGUGCGGUGACGGGGACGGGGGCGGGGGCGGGGGUGGGGACAGGGGCGGGAACUGAGGCGGGUUCAGCGCACCCUGUGGCGGCGAAAGCAGGUCCGGCGGACGAUUUGAGGCGGAAGCUUCUCGCGUCAAGCUCAGCGCGAGGUCCGGCAGGCGGAACACCCAGGGAUAGGGUAACCGCACACCGGCGAGCUUCGUCUGUGUCAUUUUUCGCCCCCGGCGCGUCGGAUUUCGGGACGGGCAUGGACAGUCCACCUCACGGGUUUCAUUCUGCGACGGGGAGCCCUGGCGGUGGGAGCGGCGGGGGUGGCGGGGGUAGUGGGAGUGGUAAGCCCCCCUCUCUAAGCCCUCGCAUGCAGCAGCCUCCUUCGUCGCAGUUCGCAGCGUUUCCCGGCAGCAGCGCGGGGGGGGGGGCUAGCCCGGCGGGGCGUAGGGUUAACAGACACGCGCGAGCGCAGAGCGUCAGUUUCAGCCCACAUAUGGAUUUCAGCAGCAGCGGCAGCGGCAGCGGCGGCGGCGGCGCGCCCAGCGCAGGGGGGAGCAGGGGAGCGGGGCUGGCGCCGCCGGGACUGGUUAAGGGCGGAAUGGGCAGGGGGGGGCGGAUGGGGCCUUUGGGCGGAGGGGGGCUUGCUGGGGGAAGGGCGGGUCCGGGGAGGGGCAUGGGGCGCGGGGGAUUUUUCAGGAGCGCGUCUGUGGAUGGGGGAAGGGGGGCGGAGGAGGAUGGGGGCACGGAUGGUCCGCUGGUGAGGCGGAGGAGUGGCGGAGGGGGAAGAGACCCGCCUGUCGUUGUCAAGCGGGUGGGGAUGCCCCCCUCUGGGCCUGCGUCAGGCGCCGGAGGAGGCGGAGGCGGAGGCGGAGUAGGCGGGGGCAGUGGCGGAAGCGCGGGUGUUGACGGAAAGGAGACGUCAGGUGUGCUAGUGAUUGAGAUUGCGAGCAAGGGGGGUGAUGGGGGGAGUGAGGUGGGCAAGGGGAGAGGAAGCAAGGAGCAAGAGGCCACCAGUGCGGAUCAGGAUUCGACAUUUACCUUCCCUCAGCUAGGAGGGGCGAUUGGUGAUCCAGGCUUGGAAGGUGCCUCUAACGGAGGUGGUACUAACGAGGAAGAAGAAUACACCGCGGAUUUGGACAGUAGUGAGGAUGACUGUGACGAGGAUGAUGGAGAUAUCGUGGAGUGUAAGGCUGCGCCAGGGGCAUCUGGUACAGGACGAACGCCACUGAACGUAUCUGUUAACGAGGACGACGAUAAUGAGGAUGAGGAUGACUGUGUGAACGAUGGGGAAGAGGAGGACGCUGAUGGGGAUGGGGAUGGGGAUAUCCCACUGGCAUCACCUCUGGCCAAAUACCCCCCUGCCAGCCCCAUGAAAGCCCACGCCCACGCCCAUCACCAGCCGUUACCCAGCCCCUUGAGCCGCGGUCCUCUGGCCUCGGGCUUCAGUGCCAACCCCCCUCGCCCCAGCAGCCCACUCACACGCGUUCCCCAGCCGCAGCAAGCGCAGCAGCAGCAGGGUGAGAACAGCGGUGGUGGAGGUUUUGCAGAUUCCUCUGGAGCAGUUGUGAACCAGAACCUGCCGCGGAGGCUGGUGAAAUCAGGCUCGGAGCGGGUGGGUGGGGCUCCGGGGUCGGGAGGAGAUGGCAGCUUCAGAAGCAGCAGCAGUGUUGGUGCUGCUGCUGCUGGUGGUGGCAGCGGCCGUGGUUUCAGCAGUGGCGCGGGUAACGAAACCAGCAGCGUCUCGAGCCCAAGGAGGUUUCUAAAGUCAGGUUCGGAGCGAGGCAUGGCCGGACCUGGAUUUCCCUUGUCGUCCGCCCUUCCUGUAGCCCAGGUUCUCGAAGGCCCUCCGUCAGGCGCUGCUGGGUGUGCAGCAGCAGAGGCUGGGAGCUCAUCAGGGCAUGUGAGUGUGCCUGAGCAAAGGCUUGGAAGGGACAUUCGACACACUCGCAUGCUGGGGAAUGGGUCGCUCAAAGAGCAGGGGAGUCGGGGAUGGGUGGAGAGUGGUGUGGGAGGAGGGGGUGUUGGUAUGGGUGCGGGGGGAGCAGGAGGGCAUGGGUCGAGGUUGGGAGGGCCCCCUGGGAUACCCAGGCAGUGGAGCGCUGGGGAACCAGGGGGGGGGAGUGCUGGGGGGGUGAGUGGGGGCGGAGGGCCUGGGGGAAUGGCAGGCCAUGCCCAUACGCAUGUGCACGCUCAUGGGCAUGCACAUGGGCAUGCGCCAGGGGUACCCAGGCAAAGGAGUGUGGGGGAAACAGGGGUAGGGCAACAGCAGGGCGGCGCCGUCGGCACUGCUAGCACCAGUCGCGUGCAUUUCCCACCGGAGCGCACGGCUGGGCGAGGGGAGGGGGGUGGUGGGCAGGAGGGCUCGUUUGACCAAUGGCAGGUUGAGGAGCCUGUCUCAGGGGGGGAUGGACAGGGAGGGGGGGGAAUGAUGCAAGGACCUGGAGCAGGAAUGGCAGGAGGAGGAGGAGGAGGAGGAGGAGGAGGAGGAGGAGGAGGAGGAGGAGGAGGAGGAGGAGGAGGAGGAGGAGGAGGAGGAGGAGGAGGAGGAGGAGGAGGAGGAGGAGGAGGAGGAGGAGGUGUAGCAGGAGGGGGAGGGGCACAGGGAGGGGUGCAGAUGCGCAUGGGUAGGCCAUCGUCCCCUCAGCUGGGGGGUCGACCCACUCCUCCCCCCGGCCAUGUGUCCCCGCACAGGGCUCGAAGCUCCCGGCUCAGGGAUAGCAGCCCUUCAGGUGGGCUGGCAGCAGGCCACAGCAGUUCAGGUGGUUCUCCAGGUGUUGGAGUGGGUCCGGGUGGUGUAGCCUCAGGUGGUGGAGUAUCUUCAGGUGGUAUCAACAGAGCGGAGAUCGCGGCUGGCAGGCAGGCGGCAUGGAGGAGGAGCAGCAGCAUCGGGGCCGGCGAGACUCGGAGCGGAGCCGCUGACAUGCCAAGGCCGACGUCGCCGCAGCUGUUUGGAUGCAUCAAGGAAACAGCCAGGGAAGGUUCCUCAGGUGCUCCGUUCUCUGCAUUCCAGGGGCAGCACCACGUGCAACAACAUGGGCAGCAGCAGCAGCUCUCAGCGCAGCAGCAGCAGCAUCAGGUGGGCGGCAGAAGCAGCCCAUCCCAGGUGUCACCUUCCAAGUGGAGGCCUCAGCUGGGGACAGUUAUGGCAGGUGGAACAGCAGGCGGAUCUGGGGCAGGCUCAUUGGGAGGUGUUACUUCUGGUGGUGCCAAUGGUGGGGGAGUGGGGGAAAGUAGUGCUGGCGCGAUGGGUGGGCUACAACAGCAGCAGCAGCAGCAACAGCAGGGUGGGAUGGCUCGGCCUAGGACUGGGCAUUCUCGUAGGCAUUCAUUUGCUGUUGGAUCUGGUUCAUUCGAUUUUGCGUCUCAACCACCCAGCUCUUGA